AUGUCACUCAAGCCCAUUGUUCUCUACGGUCAUUCUGGCGGCCCAAACCCUUGGAAGGUCGUCAAUGUUUUCCACGAACUGAAUCUCCCCUACGAGCACAAGAUCCUUGAUUUCAAGGAUAUCAAGGCCGAGCCUUACGUUUCCAUCAACCCAAACGGCCGUGUCCCCGCCAUUGAGGACCCCAACACUGGUAUCUCAUUGUGGGAGUCUGGCGCCAUCCUCGAAUACCUAGUCGAGACGUAUGACAAGGACAAGAAGAUCAGCUUUGCCCAGGGUACCCCCGAGUACUUCCAGGCGAAGCAAUGGCUCCACUUCCAGAUGUCUGGCCAGGGCCCUUACUUUGGACAGGCCGUGUGGUUCGCAAACUACCACCCCGAGAAGCUCCCAAGUGCCAUUGAGCGCUAUAACAAAGAGAUCCGCCGUGUUUGCGAAGUUCUUAACGGUUUCCUCGCGGGCAAAGAAUACCUUGUUGGUAACAAGUUUAGCUACGUUGAUCUUGCUUUCAUCCCUUGGUUCAAAAUUCCUGUCGCCGCCGACGCUGUGAAGGAUUUCCCCAACCUUAGUGCUUGGCUGGAGCGCAUUACUUCUCGCCCAGCAGCCGUGACUACAUAUAAGGAGCGUGAGGAGGCUAUGGCCAAGGCUCAUUAA